AUGACGAGCAACGAAAACAAGCUUAGAGAACUCAAUCUGUGCUUGGAGAACUCACUUGAAAAACAUGUAGAGCGGACAACGGCGGAAACUGAAGAAUUGGAUAGCGGACGUUACAUAACUGGUAGAUUAUUAAAAACAGCAGAAGUAACAGAAGCUGAAAGCAAAGAAACGAAAGACUCACUUGUUUAUAUUGAACAACAAAUAAAACUUACAACACGGUCAGUAGAGGAAGCAACCAACAGAACGGAAAAAAGUUCAGAAACCACUGAAGCAACAGAAAAACCAGUGUCUCCUCCAUUUGUAUAUCUCACACAGACUGAGAAAUGUCUUCGAUCAAAGUUUUCUCGCAAUCUGGAAUUACACAACCCUUCGAAAUGCCGCUGUGAUGUUAUUGUGUUAAGUUAUAGAGAAGAAUGCCACCAAGUAAGACCGGCUCACUUCAUCUACUUGUUUGACAACACAACCACUUGGGGAUCUGGCCGAAACAAGCUUUUCUUCCACGCGACAAAGAGAAACAUUUUAAAUUACAUCUAUUACAUUUUUCUUGACGACGACAUUUCAUUGAGGUUCAAUGGCCAAGCCACUCCAGCCCUGAGAAAACUCAAUCCAAUCCAAGUUUUCCAAAACUGGCUUCUGGAUUACGAGCCCGCUGUCGGCGUAGUCGAUUAUGAGACGCGUAAGGAGGGAAGACUUGUGCGUUUAAGGAAAGUAAAUAUUUGUGGAAGGCGUUAUGCACUGAAAAAAACAGAAGCCAACCCAACAAUAUUUUUCGACCCUCUCUUUCACGCCAUCCAUGCCAAAGCGGUCACUCACAUAUAUCCGCUAGAUACACGCUAUGAAAAGAAAAACUGGUGGCUCACUGAUAAAUAUCUAGCUUCAGUUGUAGAGAUGAAGUUUCGUGGACAAGCACUGCUGUAUUUUCCACUCACAGUCGAAAAUGGCCUCCACCGGCCUUAUCCAGGAUCUUUGGCUGGAACAAGAGUGGCUUGGCAAAAAUUUAUCAAACACAUUCAAACGCAAGCACCUGAUAAAUACAAAAACCAUCCUUUAUUUGAGAAUUUUAGAAAAAAUCCAACUCUUUAUGUGGACAGAUCAUGGACAUAUUGCAUGGAAAUAACUCGCCACCAGGAAAUCGUUCCAUUUGCGCACUUGACAAAAGGACUGCCAGUGGCAAAAGAACAGCCAGAAAAACAUCUGCGUCCAGCGAAGAGUAUACGUAACCGCGUACGUAGGAAAAGGUUCCCUUAUCCACUGUAA